AGAGAGGGAAAGUAAUUUUUAAAUAUUUUAUUCACGGUGAUAGUUUUGCAUUUUGUUAUCUUAUUUUAUCGGUGUAAUUUACAUAAAGAUUAAUGAUACAGGCUGUGAAUGGGUUAAUACACUCUAACAUAAGACAGUUUAUCGUGCAUUUCGUAAGAAAGAUGACCCACCAAGUCUUUGUCUAUGGCACACUAAAGCGUAACGAACCUAACCACUACUGGCUGACUAACCCGGAGAACGGAGCGAGCAAGUUCAUAGCCAACGGAACAACAAAGACCAAAUAUCCACUAAUCAUCGCUACGCGAUACAACAUUCCAUUCUUACUUUAUAGUCCGGGCGAUGGAUCUAACGUUCAAGGUGAAGUGUAUGAAGUAGAUGACAAAAUGCUUAGUAACCUGGACAUAUUGGAGGACCAUCCAAAAUUCUAUGUAAGAGAAGUAGAUGACAUCCUAAUACAGAAAGGUAAUGAAACAACAACAACAAAAUGCUGGGUGUACUUCCUGAAGACCUUUAAACCGGAACUGCUCAAGAAGCCAACGAUGAGCAACUACUCCUCGGCCGGACCCCACGGCCUCGUCUACGCGGAGAGUAAUAACGAAUCGACCAUGGACGAUUUGUACGAUGAUAUUUUAAAGAAAUAAUGCGAUUGUUUGCGUCGUAUUAUAUGCAAAAAUUAUUUCCUUGUAAAUAUUUCGAGUAACAUGUAUUUUUAUA